GUGAAUUGGCAAAAAUAAAUAGUAAACAAAUAAAUAUUCCUAAAUAAACCACUUUAAAAGAUUAGAAGAAAUUUUUAUUAAAAAAAAUGGUUGUCCCGGGUUCUUCCAAAAAAGAACAAACUUUGAAAUUGAUUGCAGAAAAAGAUAAAAUAGAACAAAAAAUUAAAGAAUUUGGAGCAGUUCUUGAAGCGAAUGGAAAUAUUGGAAUGACUGGUUCGCUUAUAGAUAAUGAAGGUUUUCCUAGAAAUGAUAUUGAUGUUUAUCAAGUUCGUACAGCCCGAAAUCAAAUAAUAUGUCUCCAAAAUGAUCUUAAAGCCCUAAUGAAAGAAAUUGAAAAAGGUAUACAUGAAGUUCAUGCUGAAGCUGCCGCUGCAAGUUCAAGUACAUCUGGGUCCACUAAAACAAUCGGUUUAAAUUCGAAAGAACCCGAAGAUGAACUUCCAUUGGUUGCAAUAUGUAAAGUAGAUUUAGUAUUUGAGGGGUCACCGGCAGAAGACGCGGGAAUUUGUGUUGGUGAUCAAAUAAUUGAAUUCGGUUCGGCCAAUUCAAGAAACUUUAAAAAAAAUAUUGCAAUCAUCGCUGAAAUUGUUAAAAACAAAGUUAAUGAACGUAUACCAAUUAAAAUUAAUCGAAAAGAGCAGAUAAUUGAAACAACUUUAACUCCGAGAACAUGGAAUGGCCGUGGCUUGCUGGGGUGUCAUAUAUUACCAAUAUAAUUUGCCAAAAUUUUUAAUUGUUAUGAACUUACAUCCAAAAUGAAUUAAACAUCUAAUUCAUAAGGUUUUAAAUAAAUUCUUGUAACCUAUAAAAUUUUAAAAAUAAUAAACUCAAAAUUUGUUUAAUUAAUUUAUUGAACUAUUUGAAA